CUUCUAAGGUGAAUAUACGUCAGCGCACUUGGUGAAUGGAAACCAAAUGCACACAGCUAAACAAGCCAUCGCAUUUGCCUUGUUGUGACCACUCCCCAUGUCUGCGCCCAUCUACAACAUGGCAGGGAUGGGUAGCAUUCCCUGGGCGCCGCUGUCGUCUCUAUACCAGACCCUUCAAACCCUCUUUCCAUAUCAUGGUUCGCACUGGAGCCGACCGACCACCGAGCAAACUACAGAAGCUCGGACACAAGAUACUGCGCAUUUCGCGCAGCAUCGGGAUACGAACUGGCAGACCUGCAUGUAGGACAGGUCGAUUUGUACCACAGCCAGCUCAUGCUUGCUGGAGCCAUGCCCGCAUUUGCCCUGUUUCCACACAGCUCGCCGCGACAAAACCGGCCGCUGCGGCACUGGAACUCGGCCGACGGUGUUAUGGUUGACCACGAGCAGGCCGAUCCUGAUGGCAUAGCCGAUGCAGUAACUCUGUGCGGCGAGCAGCCAGCACCUGCCAGACAAUAAAACACACACGGCUAACGCGGAUUGGCUCAGACCAG